AUGAGGAGAGGAUCAAAAUCCAUACAUGGAUCGACGACAACGGUAGCCGGAGCCGACGAAAACGGUGUCGGAAAACUCGAAACCCUCGAAGGUUCCUGGAGUUCGAGACAACCCAGAAAGGCUAGGCUCGCAGGGGCUAGGAUCAAGAGUGGUUUGUCGGCCUCCUCUAGUAAUUCUCCGACUUGUCACGCGUCUAGCUAUGGCCGGAAUACCAAGAUCACCAGCCAAAACUCGUCGGCCUAG